GUGUUGACGCGUGACUUUCUCAUCUACUUAUGAUAUCCGUCACGAUGACGGAAUACAAUUCUGUAGACAGUAAACUAGAGUCGGAUAGAGAGGACCAUGCGCCAUGUGGUCUCUGCCAGUCGUUGUCGCUGCUAAUGCGGCUGGAGAGGAUGCACACGCGCCAAAUACUCCUUGAUUGUCCGUUCGAUCGUCCUCGAGGCAGUCAACCACACGAAGAGAACAGUCUCCGUCCGUCAGUAUUACCCCAGGGUGUAGCCAUAUCGAAACGUCUUUGGCUCUCUCGCCUUCUUUCCAAGCAGACGGUUCGGGUAUAUCACGUGACCAUCAGCGAGGCGACCAAUCGUUGUUGAGACGAAACCAAGCCUUCUGAACAACUAUUAUCGAGGACGGUUAUGGCGCUCUCACGUCAGGUCCUGCGCGCAGGUGCGAUGCGCAGCCUUGGCGCCACGGCACCAUCGCUCUCUGUCGCCGCUGUCUCUCGGUCGUUCCAGACUUCGGCUGCCAGAAGAGGUGCCCAGGCUUCGCACCAACAAGAUGACGAUGAGACGUACCCUUCUGAAGGCUUCAGCGCGCCCAUCUGGCGCAACACAGUCUUGUUUGUCAUCGCCGCCACGGGCAUCUAUCGCUUCUCGAACCUGCAUGCAGAUCCUCACCCAUCCCGAGCCUCCUCGUCUGGCCGCUCUGCGCCCGGCAACGAGUCGGAGGACGAUGAGCACGACGACGACAACCGGCCAUUUCUGACGAGGUACAUGGAUUACUACUUUACUCCUGCUUCGUUCUGGAAGGAGCGCAAUGAGCGUCACCUUGACUACGUCCGGGAACGUGCAGAGGAGAAGCUUCUGUUCCAGGACGCCGAGAGGCCGCCUAUCCACAGGCUCAGGUACCCUUCCACGUUCGAGCAGGCCUCGCCCCACCGCAUUAGCGCUGGCGACCAGGUGGACCUGUCAGAUCUCCAUGUCAAGAAGGCAUCCGAGUAGAGUGAAGCCAGACACCAGUGGAAAUCAAGCAUUCAGACCAUGCUGC